UUUUCACAAACGGUAACUUUGGUGGAAAAUGGCGUCUGUUUUCUUUCGAAGCUGCCGAAUUUCAGAAUGUUUGACUCAAAAACAUGUUGCCAAAGUACUUGCAGCUUGUAACAUUCUCCCAACACAGCCAAAACGCCACCUAUCCAUUCACGAACACCUCAGCUUCAAACUUCUGCACGAUGCCGGUGUUGCAGUACCAAAGUUCAAGGUUGCUGCAUCAUCUGACCAAGCCUUUGAGGAUGCCAAGAAAAUUGGUGAUGAGACUGGAACCCCUGAUGUUGUUGUGAAAGCACAAGUUUUAGCUGGUGGUCGAGGCAAAGGAUCAUGGGAUAGUGGUUUACAAGGAGGCGUUAAGCUCGUCUUUUCUGCCGAUGAAGCCCGCGACAUAUCGCACAAGAUGAUCAAUCACAAGCUGUUCACCAAACAGACGGGCACGGAGGGCCGACUCUGCAGCAACGUGAUGGUUGUCCAGCGCCUCUACUCUCGCAGAGAGUUCUACUUCGCCAUUACCAUGGAGAGAAGUUUCGCUGGGCCAGUCUUAGUAGGGAGCUCUCAGGGAGGUAUGAAUAUUGAGGAGGUGGCCCAAAAGGAUCCAAAAGCAAUUCUGAAGGAACCAGUUGACAUUCUCACUGGCAUCACGAAGGAGCAGACCACCAACUUUGCCAAGCAGAUGGGAUUCAGUGAACCUUGCAUUGACGAGGCAGCUGAGAUGAUGAUGAAACUGUACACAGACGUCUUUAUCAAGUACGAUUCCACCUUACUGGAAAUCAACCCCAUGUCAGAGGACUCUAGUGGAAAGGUUUAUUGUAUGGACUGCAAGCUGAACAUUGACGACAAUGCUGUAUUCCGACAGCAGGAAAUCUUCAAAUUGCGUGACUGGACUCAGGAAGACGACCGUGACAGACGGGCCGCUGCGGCAGAUCUCAACUACAUCGGUCUUGACGGCAACAUCGGCUGCCUGGUUAAUGGAGCUGGUCUGGCUAUGGCGACCAUGGAUAUCAUCAAACUCCACGGUGGGGCGCCGGCUAACUUUCUUGAUGUUGGAGGUGGAGCAACAGCAAAACAAGUCACAGAAGCCUUCAGACUGAUUACUUCAGAUCCCAAGGUUGAUGCAAUUCUUGUAAAUAUAUUUGGUGGCAUCAUGCGAUGUGAUGUCAUAGCUCAGGGUAUUGUAGCUGCGGCUCUGGAACUCAGCCUAAAAAUACCCAUUGUUGUUCGCCUACAAGGAACAAGAAAUGAAGAUGCGCGUGCGGUAAUAGCAGCAAGCCAGAUGAAAAUUUUGUCCUGUGAUAAUUUAGAUGAAGCAGCCAGAAUGGUUGUGCGGCUGUCAGCAAUUGUUGGAUUGGCGCGAGAGGCUUCUGUGGACGUUAAAUUCGAGUUGCCAAUUUAAUUGCAGAAUAUAUAUAUAUAUAUAUAUAAACUUUGACAAUUCUGUAGCUUAUUUCAUUGUGAAUACUGUACAUAUUAGAGUAAUGUACUGUUUGAAUGUGUUAAAGAAAAUAUCCUGGAACACAUGGAUGUAUUAGUGUUCUCGUUUUGAAUACUACAUGUAUACUGAUGUCCAAAAGAAACUAUACCAAGAAAAAUUGAUUUAAUUUACUUUAUAAUUUGGAUAAUGAAAAUAACAUGAUGGCUAAAUAUGUUUUUGCGUUUAUGGAAUGAAAUUUAGUUCACAACAUGCCAAAACACCACCCUCAUGAACAUAUAUGUUUUAAACAAGCAGUAUAUUUUGGUUUUUCUUCAGUAGUCUCAAGACUUAGUAUAGUUUCUUUUAGACGUCAGUAUACAAGUAUCACAAUG